UGAGGAGAUGUAAGCAGAGAAAAGAAAUUAAACCAGGCCUGAGAGCGAUGCGACAGGCAUGAUGGAGGUCGAGUCCUCCUACUCGGACUUCAUCUCCUGUGACCGAACAGGCCAUCAGAACGUGGUCCCUGACAUCCAGGGCAACUCGGAGGCCAUGAGUGUGUGGAAGCUGGCUGGAGACAUGGGCGAACUGGCCCUCGAGGGGGCAGGACAGGCAGGGGCAAGCACCAUGAACAAGGAAGCCAGCAGCCAGCCUGGGAGCAACAGUGGGGCUGCCUCCUCUUGAGUCUGACUUUGUCCUGGAGGCCGGAAGAGAGACCUGCUGCCGCCUCCCAGAAUGGGAACCUGGGCACAAGCCCAGCAGCCUCCUUUCUGAGCCCAUGUCACGGGCCAGAGUGAGAGGCCUCUGUGGCCCCUAACCUGGGAAGCCCUCUGCCCACACCCACAGGCUCC